UAAGAGCGCCAAAGAAUUUGUUCAACAAGGCUAUGGCUGACAAAUUAAAAAAUUAGGGUUUAUCAUUCUUCGUCUCUGAAAAUUCACAAUUAUGACAAUUCACGCGGGAAUCCUCUGCUUCAAAACCCAAUUUCAGUUUCCCUGUCGGCUGCUCCCCCUGACCUGGAGGAAAUGUGCCAUCACAUGCUUGCAGAACAGAGAUUACAGUUCCUCGGCUCCAGUUAGGUACAUUCCGAAAAAUUCUUCGAAAGUUAAGAAAUUAGAAAGUUCUCCACAGAAAAAGGGUUCCGAAGAGAAAGAGUUCCGUGAAUUUCUGGAGGUUAAACAGAGUGGAAGAAGGGUGCGUAAAAGCCUGGACUUCAAUGAGAAGCCUCAAAAUCAGAAUCAAAAUCGAUAUAGUAAUUCAUCGUUUAGUGAUGCUCAGAAAGCAGCUCCAGAUUUGAAAGAUCAGAUGAAUCAUCUUUCGGGGGCUGUAGGCUAUGAACUCAUGGAAGAGCCUGAAGAGGUUUUUGAAGAGUUAAAGGGUUCUAAAGAAAAAGAGUUUCCUGAAUUUUCGGAUGUGAGCCCACUGAAGAGUGAGGUUAAACAUUGGGGAAGAGGUGUGCAUAAAAAUAGGGUACUGAAUGAGAAGCCUCAGGAUCAGAAUCAACAGAGUUCUCAAAAAAAGAAUCGGAAUCAAAUUGAAUAUAGUAACUCAUUGUUUAAUGACGUUCAGAAAGAAUCUCCAGAGCUGGAAGAUCGGAAUGAUCGUAUUUUAGGGGCAAUAGGCUAUGAACUCAUUGAGGAGCCUGAGGAGGUUUUUGAAGAGUUAAAUAUCCUUGAAGAGAAAAAGUGUCCUGAGCAAGGUGUAGUGCAAGGUAUAAAGCAUGAUGCUGAGCAAGUGGCAAUAAAAUUACUUGCAACCAGGGCUUUCACGGCAGUUGAACUGAGAAAGAAGUUAUGUGGAAAGAAUUUUCCUCUAGGUACCGUCGAGGCAGUGAUAGAUGACUUCAUCAGCAGAGGCCUAAUCAAUGAUAGCUUGUAUGCGGAAGCAUUUUCUCGUUCCAGAUGGUCUUCCUUAAGUUGGGGACCAAGGCGAAUAAAGCAAGCACUUUUUAACAAGGGAGUGAGUAAUGUUGAUGCCGAGAAGGCAAUUAAACUGGUUUUUGAGGAGGGAAAACCAGAUGAGGAUGAGGAGUUAAUUCAUGGCCUGUCGAAGCUCUCAAUGGAUAAUUUAGUUGUUCAAGCCUCAAAGCAGUGGCUCCGAGGUCAAGAAGUGCCUAAAGAAACGAGGAAAUCAAGGAUUGUUCGUUGGCUUCAGUAUCGCGGAUUCAGCUGGGGUGUCAUCAGCUUCAUAUUAAAGAAGUUAGAAUCUGAGUAGCCACCCUAGAGCACAAUGAGGUUCUAUCUUUUCCGUGACACAUAAGAACAAAACGGUACCGUCCAUAACCCUCUACUGGAACGUUAGUCGUGUAGUAUGGAUAGGGUUUUGGUCUAUAAUGCCACUUGCUGCUGUGGCCAGAAGACACUCAGUUGGUGGUCUAACCGUUAUCAGUGUCGGACAUAUAUUGCGUUAGCCUUGCCUGGCAUCGGGGUGAGGACUACCUUACUGACAACAUAGGUAGUAGACAACCCAGAAGUGGGCACUACUUAGCUGUUCUUUUGAUAGGGUACCACCAUUUUUCGGCUGAAAUCAGAAAAUCUCAUGUCUUCAUGUAUUGUGAAUAAAGAAACUCAGUUGUUUGUGUUCCUAAAUCCAAAAAUUUGAACCGUUC